CUGUGCGGUCCUUCAUUGCUUGCCGGACAGACAACCUCGCGACACCGCAUCACGUACAGUAAACGCCUAUAUGUCAUACCAUUAUCAUUCCAGGCUUUGUGUCGAGACACAGACCCGCUGCCUGUCGCUGUCAUUACGAAUGUAAAUUAAAACACGAGGAAAUUGAUAUGAACGCGCGCUGAAUCAGCGAGGAAAACGUAGGGAGGGAAAUUAUAGUUGCCGUCAGUACGGAGGACGGGAAGAGUUCAUCCUCGUCGGACAACAUAAUGCUGUCCCGUCUCCCUUGAGAUACGCCCAGCGUCCCAGGUCUGCAUCUUGUGCGAGUUUAUGAUGUGAGUGCGUCUUGUAUCUGUAUCAUCUCCGUAUUGUGGUUCAGCCCGGCGUUACAAUGGCGGAAGGAGUUCGGGAGGAGGUGAGAUAUUCUCGGUCGACGGUACGGGCGACGUGCUGUCAUCGCCCGCUGCUCAUCGUUGGACUUGCCUGGGGAGUGCUGACGGCUAUCGGCUUACUUGCUGUUGGAAUUCACACGCUUGUUACGUCAACGCUGUUCUGGAUUGGCAUCUACCUUGUGAUCGUGGGAGGGAUUGUUGCGUUGCUUGAGAUCGGCCUGAUCUUUGCUCAAUGCGGAUGUUGCAGAGAUAACGGAUGCUGCCAGAAAUUCGGUCGGCCCAUCCGUUGGUUUGACACCUGGAAGCGUGGCUGUCUGUACGUGCUUUUUGGCAUCGUGUGCUUCGUCGGUGUGUUUCGGAUCACCUUAGGAAUCAUCUGCGGCGUAAUGCUCGUUAUGGGGGGAAUCGUCUACAUCCUGAAGACAUGCAAAGACCGUCCGCUGUCCAAGACAAAGCGAGGAGACAGUGACCGGAAGCAGCUAGCCGAAGAAUUCAUGGAAGAGCAACGGGCGUGAAUGCGACGAGCCCAGGUCCUUACGCUCGUCCAUUGAUGUCAUUACAAAGGCAAAAAGAUCGGUUCUACUCUGCCUUUCUCGUGUAAAAUACCCUGAUGAUGUCCUUUGAUUCGUACAAUUUUGAAAUCAAGUUUUCUGCCAUGCAAGCUCAGCCUUCAAUUAUGAAGGCAAGACUGAGUGCAAAUCUUAUUGCCUUAUUUUGCCUGUAUACCUGGUGUUCUGGAUGAAGUUGACUGAGGGUGCUCAGAAUGUUGCAAAAUGCCCCCGAGGCAUAUUAACCUUUGAAAGUCAAAUUUCCAGAUAAGUUCUAGGCGUUUGAAUAUUAUUAUUGUGAAAAAACGCACACGGACCGGCCUUUAAAUGGUGUCGUUCUGGAUAUUUUGUUAUAUCAUUUAAUAGCUGAACAUGCUGUAAAAAGUCUAGGAAAUCACUUGUUGGGAGGUAGAGGCCUUCUUCAAUGUAUAUUCUUACCUUUAUAAGUUGAUCAUAUUGGCCUAGAAUCAUACACACUUCCUGCAAACGCAUGCGUCCGAGUCGCGAGCAUUACCAACAGGUUAUGAAUCGUACAAAACGACGGUAAGAAUUCUUGCAGUUUUAGAUUUGUGUCGCAAAAACAACUUUUACAUAUUUGGAUGAUGUUUUUGGACUCUUGUUGGCUAUUGUAGGUCUUGCGGAAACCCUAUCGUCUCGAUUUGUAAUUUAGAGCUGGCAUCAAAAGUAGUUACGGUGCGAGAAAAGUGUUGUAAAAGCUUUCGUAAGUUAUGGUGAUUUUCACAACUCGUUUACAAGUAUAUCGUCAUUGCUUCAGCAUUUGUAUGUACAUAUAUAAAUUGACAAUUAUGAAUGGAUAUCGCUGGUUGUGAUUUUUUUUUUUACCAAAAGUGAAAGAUCUGUCAAGCACACAUUAUAAAAUCGAUCGCUUCUAGCUACUGCCCUGGACCAAAAACAAGUAACGCACAAUGUAUAGCGCCCUCCUCCGGUAGACAGUAUAAAUUAUAAUCAUGUCCUCAAGGCUGUAACUAUUUUGUACAUGUCAAACGAUAUGUUGAGGUUAACGUCGAAUACCCCACGUGUUCCUUGUGUGCACGUUGCUAUUGCAACCAACUAAGACACAGGAUCUACUAAGUUCCCAUGUGUACAAGAUGUUAGCAGCGUCCUGUUCAAGAAUGUUCCCUUUCCGACUAGGCCUAUAAACAAAGUGGGCUCGCACGUACACAGAUGGCUCUAUGAUCUAUCAUUAAUCCAAAACACUCAGUAGACUGACUGAGAUUG